AUGCUCCCACUGGCCAAAGCCUUUGCUUCCCCCAGGAACCCCCAGACCCAGGCCCCUAGUGAGCAGGACAAGGCCCCCCACCUAGCCAGCCCUGGGGACGCAGAGGCCUGGCGCUUGUGCUUCCAGCAGUUUCAGUACUACAUGGCAGGCGGGCCACACCACGCACUGGGCCAGCUCUGGAUGCUGUGCCGACAGUGUCUGCGGCCCAAAGUGCACUCCAAGGAGGAGCUGCUGGAGCUGCUAGUGCUAGAGCAGUUCCUGGGUGCCCUGCCCAGCAAGAUGAGGACCUGGGUGCAGUCGCAGGCACCCCGCACCUGCAGGGAGGCUGCUAGCACACAGAUGUCUCAGGAGGAAGUUCUGGUAUCUCUCACCCACCACCAGGAUGGGAGCAUUGGCGAGGAGGAAGAUGAGAAGAGCCUGAGGUCCCAAAGAGACCCAUCCCAGGCCCAGGACGCUGCCUGGCCCUCGGGGGAGCGGCGACCAGAAGGUGGCGGCCACGCUGCAGAGGGCGGGGCGCUGGGGGAGGCCGGGCGGUGGAGGGAGGCCGGGGGGCCCCGGGGAGGCCGGGGCGCGGGGGAGCCGGGGGCGCGGCCCUUCGAGUGCGCCGCGUGCGGGGCUGCCUUCGCCUGGCUCUCGACCCUCGUGCAGCACGAGCGCGGCCACCGCGGGGAGCGCCCCCCGGUCCCCGCCGCCUCGGGGCCGCCCGCAAGGAGGCCCCGCGGCGCCGAGCGGCCCUUAGCCUGCGGCGAGUGCGGCCGCGCCUUCCCCCGCGCCGCGCCGUGCAGCUCGCCGACCACCGGUGUCCACGCCCGCCCCUGA